GCCAUAUCAUUUGACACAGAUACAACAAAGCAGUCACAGUAGAGUCGAAACGGAAGCAACGGAUUUGAAGUCUCUCGUUGAGGUGACAGGAGACUGCCAAGAUGGCAUACAACUUCUCAGGGAAAAACGCUAUCGUGACCGGUGGGGGACGCGGUAUUGGUCGAGCUAUUGUAGAAGGAUUGUCGAAAAAUGGGGCAGAAGUCUGGGCUGUCAGUAGGACAAAGGAAGAAUUGGAUAAGGUUGAACAAGAGAUCCCCAACACCCAUGGUGUCCAGGCAGAUCUCUCGGAUUGGAACGCCACAAAGAAAGCUAUUGAAGCCAUAGGACCAGUUGACUUCUUAGUUAACAAUGCGGCAACAAGUGCUGUGGCCAGCUUUGUUGAUGUCAAACCAGAGGAUUUUGAUACCUUGUUCCAUACCAAUGUCAAGUCGAUCAUUUGCGUCUCCCAGGUCGUUGCUAAAGGCAUGAUUGAAUCAGGAAAAGGAGGCUCAAUAGUCAAUAUGUCAAGUCAAGCAUCACAGAGGGCUCUGAAGGAACACACCCUAUAUUGCGGAACAAAAGGUGCUGUGGAUGCCAUUUCAAGAGUCAUGGCUUUAGAACUUGGACCACACAAGAUUCGAGUGAAUACUGUCAAUCCCACGGUUGUAAUGACAGCUUUGGGAAGACAGUUCUGGAGCGACCCUGCCAGAGGUCAACCAAUGCUUGACAGAAUACCACUUGGGAGAUUUGCAGAGGAAGUAGACGUUGCCAAUACCACAUUAUUCUUACUCAGCGACCAGGCCAGCAUGAUACACGGAGUCCACCUUCCCGUAGACGGAGGAUUCUGGGCUGCGUAGCACCAAAAUAGAAGAUUGGGGAUCCAAGAGCCUGUCAUUAUCGUAACAUGCAGAAUUGAAACUUUGAUUCUUCACCACAUUUGGACUAUAGGAUGAUUACAUGUAUUCAUACCCCAAGAAAAAUCAGCGAUGCCUCUUUGGAUGUCAAUUCCCGAUUGCAGCUGCAUUGGCCAGUUUUAAGAUCAAGUCAUCAUACAAAAAAGGAAUUUGUUUUCAUAUAUAAAUUUAUCUAUACAGAAGGAGUAUACAAUCUAUUAAAGAAAU